UUAAUCGUCCAUAAAUUUAUCGAAAGUAUUAGCCGGCAAAAAGUUGUUAUUUACGUUAAUACAUUAUUGGUGGAUUUAACCGUUCGUGGACAGUGUACAAAACAGAUAAAUCCUCGUCGCCAUGGACGACCAGGCGUGCCCGCGGUGCAAGACCACCAAAUACCGAAAUCCAUCGCUAAAGUUGAUGGUCAACGUUUGCGGCCACACUCUAUGCGAAUCUUGCGUGGAUUUGUUGUUCCUUAAGGGAUCUGGUGCCUGCCCCGAGUGCAUGGUGCCCCUGCGUCGUAACAACUUCCGCGUCCAGCUUUUUGAGGAUCCCAUGGUGGAGAAGGAGGUUGACAUUCGCAGACGAAUUUUGCGUGACUACAACAAACGUGAGGAAGACUUUGCCUCCUUGGCAGAGUAUAAUGACUAUCUGGAGGAGAUCGAGAACAUCGUAUACAACCUAUGCAACAAUAUUGAGAUUAUCGAAACAAACAAAAGAAUCGAGGCAUAUAAGCGAGACAAUCGAGAGGUCAUUCAGCGUAAUAAAACUCGUGUGGGACGCGAUGAAUAUGCCUUGGAAGAGAUGUUAGAGCUAGAAAAAGUCCAGGAGGAGGCACGAAGAAAAGAGCUUGAAGAGCUGGAGAGCGAGCACAAAAAAAAGAAGGCACGCGACAAGCAGGCACUGAUUGAGGAGCUGAUGUACAGUGGCAAGGAUGCCGCUCAGAUUGUCACCGAGUUUGCAGAGAAGGCGGAAAAGCAGCGCGAGGAAGAAAAGCAACUUCCUCCACCCAAGCCCGCCAACGAGUUCUCAACCGGCAUCAAGUUCGGUUUGACAGCUGAUCCCAGUCUGCUGCCCGUUCCCAAAUCCGAGGAAGGUCCGCUUUUCGUCUACGAACCACUAGUUGCUCUCACCGAAGGACCUGAAAUGCCGCCCACUAGUGAGAUUGUAACCAUGGGCUAUAUUGCCCACAUUCGCGGGGAAACUCCACAGGAGAACGCCGGCGGAUUUACCUCGACACUGGCCUGCGAACGGGCGCUUCAAGAGGCUCUGCAGGGCCUCUACUAUACGGCCACAGCGGGCGUGACUGCCGGAACAUAGUCUCCAAAAGAGGGGAGCUUAUGAUGGUCGCACAACCUGAGCACUGAACGCUUAAUUUGUUGAACAAAUGUGUCCUAUACCCAUUCAGUUAACUCGUAAACUUAAUAUAUAUUAAUGAAAUAAAUGCUAUAUUGUAUGUUA